AAGAGGCCUAAAAACCAACAUAACGUCAAUUCCCGGAACCAUGAGCCGCAUGACUUCCCUAACGAGCGACUCUACCGAGCGUACCUUGUCAUCCAGAGCUUCAAGACCAGCAUCAUUAGUGACCCCAAGAAUAUCACUGCAACAUGGACCGGCAAUGACAUUUGCGGCAAGAAGACCUACGUCGGCUUCAACUGCGCAACACUGCCAGGUACAGCCGAGAUGCUAACGGUCACGUCGGUCAUUCUGAAUGGCUUUGGCCUGCGUGCACCGAAGCUUCAAGGUUUCAUAGACAAGCUCCCUGACCUCGCAUUUUUCCAUGCCGCAUCCAACGACUUUGGCCGCGGUAUCCCCCUCAUGGACAGCCUCCCCUUCCUAUGUAGUCUUCACACUAGCAACGAUGUCUUUUUGGAGGGGAAAAAAAAUAACGAACGACCUCCACCUACUGGUUAUUUGAGAAGUACUACAGGGGGAGGCCUUGGGUGCGUGAGUACGGCUAUUGAUAUUAUUUUUAAGUUCAACAUCGGCCACAAGAAUGGAGGAGGCACCAUCCCAGGUUUCACGAAUGCGAAGGCGCUUCUCCUAAACUACAACAACCUGUCAGGGCCGCUUCCGGCAAACAUCGGCUUCUCUAAGUUGAGCUACCUCGCCCUCGCCAACAACAAGCUCACGGGGCCGAUCCCACAGUCAAUCGCGCAAGCGAAAGACUCCCUCCUUGAAGUGCUCCUCCUCAACAACCAGCUCUCCGGCUGCCUCCCGCAAGAGCUGGGCAUGCUCACCAAGACAUCCGUCAUCGACGCCGGCAUGAACCAGCUCACCGGCCCGAUCCCGUCGUCCUUCUCCUGCCUCAGCAGCGUCGAGCAGCUCAACCUCGCCGGCAACCGCCUCUACGGGCAGGUCCCCGACGUGCUCUGCAACCUCGCCGGCCCGGCCGGCCGCCUCGCCAACCUCACGCUGUCGAGCAACUACUUCACCUCCGUCGGGCCGGCGUGCUCGAUGCUGAUCAAGGACGGCGUGCUGGACGUGAAGCGCAACUGCAUCCCCGGCUUCGCCAACCAGAGGGGCCCCGCGGAGUGCUCUUCGUUCCUGAGCCAGCCCAAGACGUGCCCGGCGGCGAGCGCUCCCGUGGCGUGCCCUUCCACCGACGCCAGGAAGAACUCAGCGGCGCCGGAGGGGAAGGUGGCCCGUGAGUACUCCAGCUACGUGACCUACGCCACUCUGCAUGAGUGA